CCAGCUUCUUAUUUCCAGUUUAAACAUCAGACUGUAACUGGUUCCUGGUGGCAAAUGGAUCUCAAAAUUCGACAAUAUUUGACUCAAUCAGAGGACAAAGACGAUCCUGAAGCUGUGAGGAAAGCUUAUGCAGCAAUUAAGGAUGCUAUCUCGGCAUCAGAUACUAGGUGUUUUCUCCCUGAGCUGUUUGUUCUGUGUGCUGAGCAAGCUCUCAGGCUGGGAUGUAAGGAGAUCACAGAGGACUGCCUAAUGAUGUACUUAGAGAGCAAACCCCCACCUAAUCAGUUUCUAUGCCGCGCAUACUUCUGCCAGGCUCAGCUGAACUCACCACGCACUAUUGCCUCUGUGGAGGACAUGGAUAAAGCUGUGACUUACUACCUGAAGGCUAUAGAGAUAUCCAAAGACAAGCCGAGAUACCAUUUUCUAGUCUUCAACGCUUCUGUUCUGUACCUUCAGACGGUACGGGCUUUCCUGCGGCCUGGCUGGAGGCGGUACCUCGUUUCCUCUCUCAGACAGGUGCUCAGUGCUCUGGAGGAGGUAGCCGAGCCUGACUUUGUCUGGCGGGCUGAAUUGAUGAUACUCCUUGUGGAGUGCCUGGUGGAUGCUGGUAAAGAGAACGAGGCUGCUGAUUUUUCCAAGGUCACCUCUGAUUUUAUAGAGCAGCACACCCCCGAGCUGUAUCCACGUAUUUUCUCCAUACAGGUACAGCUCGAUCUUAUAGAUGUCUCCAACAUUUUGACAAAAGCAAGUCCAAAAUUACUUGCUAUCUAUAAACUGCAGAAGCUUAAAAAGGCUGUGAAUAAAGGUGGAAAAGAGUUGGAUGAACUGAGGGAGAUUUUUCUCCUGUUAACUCAAUCAUCUCAGACCCCAUCAGCUGCCUCCAACCGUUAUAGUCAUGACACUGAUGACACGUCUCACAUCCCAUUGUCUGACAGGAUUGAGCUCCUUUUGGAGUUGUCCUUCCUCUCUCUCCAGUUAAGACAGCAGUUCAUGGCUGAGGAGUGUGUAAAUGAGCUAAAGACCAUCGAUGACACUGCUGCUGUUCAGCGUAUCAUGGUGGAGUGUGUUGAAUGUGAAUUGGCUCUUAGUAAACAGAACAGCAACAUUGCAGACUAUACCAAAGGCAGUGUGGAGGCCCAGUUAAGUAUAGUAAGACGUUUGGAAGCAUUGCUUCUAAGAGCAGUGAGAGAGGGAGAUGCUCAGGUGACACAGAGUGUGUGUGCCACUCUGUGGAACAGCUGUUUACCUCUACUUCAGCAUAAUCUACGGAAAAACCUCAAAAGCCCCCUGAUCACUCUCUCACAAGCCUUAGAAAACAUUAAUAGCAUGUUGCUGGACAUGCGGUGUCAGAUCCAUGCUGAGCUGGCUGCUAUAGAGGAGGAAGCGGAGAGGUUGGAGCCUGCAAUACAGCACCUCCGUGCAGCUCUAAGCCUGGAUGAGAGCGGCAAGUUCCAGCAGCGUCUUUCCUUCUCCCUUCACCUCCUUCAACUUCGUAGCAAGCUUUACAUCACUCCCACACGCCCAGAGGACCAGGCAGCCAUGCUUAUCCAACAGACGAAAGAGUGGCUGGGUGACGAGCCAGUGAAGAAUUGGCGCCCCACACUGGUUAGUGCUGGUAUUGCUUUGGCACCUGACACUUUCCAGAUGGUCCUGGAUGCAGAAAGCACAGCUAAAGUGUCUGCUAGCAGCCUACAGGACCAAGUGGAGCAACUUGCUGCUAAGGCCAAGCACUACAGGACGUGUGUACAAAAAAUAGAAUUUCAUCUUUCCAGCUUGGAGAGAGACACAGAUGACAGAGAGAGGACGAGGUUGUGGGCAUCCCUAGUUAAAGCUGCACGGAAACACGAGGUGUGGGAUGUGUGCAGGGCAGCUUGCCGCUUCUGUCUGCUUUAUGAUGACAAGAGAUGGAAAAUCGAGCAUAAACAGAUGGGCGAGGAAGAGAGUGAAACUCGAGAGCUGUUGCGUCUGCUGGCUGAGGUUCACUCCAUCAAUGCUGAGGCAACUAUUCACAAACUCCGCUCUGAAGGGGUAGAACUCAAUGGCCUGCCUGUCCCGCCUGUUAACAGAAGAGCACCCGCACUUGAGAAUGACCCUCAGUGGACUCUUUACAGUGAAUGGAUUCAGGAGAUGUCAGUCUAUGCUACAGCUAAUUUCCUGCGAGGAGCAGAACUCGGGGCAGAGCUGCAGGAGCCGUGGCUUGUGGUUAAUGCUGCCGUAUACUUGUGGAACUACAAUAACCACAUUCUUGCCACUAAGGGGCAGGACAAGCUCGUACCCACUUUCAGCCAGUUGAUUGAUCUGCUCAGACAGACAGGCGAUGCAGGGGAAGUGGUGCUGCUUGUCUUGUUGUGUGUUGCCGUGGCUCAGGGUAUCAUCCAACCUUGGUGUCGGGCAUCUGUACAUACUGGUCAGGCUGACAAGACUAAAAAAAAUGUAAAGAAAGGAACAGAGAAAUCAGGCUCCGGUCUUGCCAUUCCACUAGAGGACAUCAAGAAGGCUCUGCAGAUCUGUGACUAUGCUCUGCGUCUGUCUAAUGGGAACAACGACGCAGUGCCCAUCAUGGUUCGAAAACAGCUUCUCAGCACAUGGGUAAACACCAAACGCCUGUUGCAACAGCAGAUUGGACAGAACCUUGACAUUGAUGAUGAGUGUAAAAAUGAGGCGGUGCAGACCAUGUCACGUGUACUAGUUGGAGUGGAGAUGCUGCGGUGUAAUAGUAACCCCGGACUGAUGGAGUUCUCUGUGCCCAGUCUUACAACGCUUGUGCAGAUAGCAAGUGACUGUAAAUGGUCUGAUCCUGUAGUGGAGCUUUACGCGUGGACUCAGCUUGCUCGCUUUGCCCAUCAGAGUGCUGAUCAUGACCUUGUUAUAAUUUGCACCCAGAAUGCACUUCAGCUGGAUCAGACCGCCAUCCAUAAGGCGAACACCUCAGAGUGUAACCUGUACAACGUGACAACAGUGCAGGAGAUGCUGAGCAGUGCUGCAUGUUUGAGGGGACUAAGCAUGCUUUAUAAGUCCUGUGGCUAUCUUGCCAAACACACUGAGGCUCUUGCUAUGCUUCUAACUAGCAUCAGCUAUGCUGUGCAGGCAGGUAGUUGGCCUCUCUGCAGGACCGCAGCAAGGCAUUACUGGAACUCCUGCCUUCCUCUCUUGGACUCGCCUGAGCAGAGACAGCAGCUCAAAGGACCACUGGAGCUUAUUGUCAGGGCACUAACUCACACAUAUCAUCAACAAGACAGCGUGAGAAAUAAAGUCAUGACUGCUCAAACAGAAGGACAAACGGGACCUGCUUCUUCAGUGCCUGACUUUAACAGUAUAGCUGAAGAUGAUCUGGCAGUGAGAGCAGCCAUGUACAAUGUGAUGUUUCAAAUCCAUGUAGAUGGUGGUAGUUUGAGAAGUGGCCUGGAGGUCCUGGAUCAGGCCAUCAUAGACAUGCCUCGGAGCCCUCACAGACUUACCCUCUAUAAGCAGAGUGUACUGGUGAAGGCUCAGCUGGGAGAGAGCAUUGAGUUGGACAUGCCCAAGUUUACGGAGUUCGGAGAGGUGGCCUGUGCUAUGAUGUGGCAUCGUGUGGCUCUGUCUAGCAGGGACACACAGCAAAAAAAGCACUGUUAUAAGAACGCAAUCAACGAAUUACAGAGUGCUGAUAAUCAGAUGCAAAAGUGUGAAAUACUGCUGGAGUUUGCAGAGUGGCUGUACUAUAAUAAUUUCCCUCUGACCGAAGCACAGCUGCAGACCCAGUCAGCCAUAGACAUUUUGCUCUCCACUGGAGUGGAAGCCAGACAGAGUGACAGUAACCAAGUUGAUCCAACUAUAAUAACACAUGCAGACGGUAUAUUUGAACCCCCUGAUCAGGUGAAUGCGUUUGACCCAGUGAGCAGUCCGUCUCAGCCGAGUGUACAGGUUCCUUCGUCUGGGCCGAGCCAAACUCGGCUGAAAGAUGUGCGCACUUUAGAUAUGCUGGUGCAAGCACACACACUACUUGCUGUCAUGGAGGCAAGAGUAUCUAUCAAGCACCAGCAGUACCUGUUACAAGCUCAUGAAUAUGUUGUGCAGAUCUGGCAGGUGUCUAUGGAAACGGCUGAGGAAGCCAUGUCCCAGUCUGUUGGAGCAGAUGGUCUUAAAAAGGCCAAGGAGAAAGAUAUAGAGGAAAGCUUAAAGUCUAAUGAGCCUUCAACUGUUCAGACGAAGCCCAAGGUCCCAUGUGUGGACAUUUCUUAUCAGUUAAACCCAGAGAAAUGGGCUCAGUUUGAGUGCCCCGCAGAGUUUCGCCGGGCUAUCAAACAUGUGCGCGAACCUAGCUCCAUCAACAUCCAAAGCAUUGGUAUGCAGAAUCGGACUCUCUUCUAUCUAGAUGUCCUUGUGAAAGAGUUGGAAUCCAUCUCUCUGACGUUGUUGACCCUGCCCCCUUUGCACCUGGCCGAGGUCAUUGCUUGCAAUCUCUCACUCAGCAAGAGCCGUUCUGACCUUUAUCGCCUUAGGAUAGUGAAGACCUGUUGUGAACUGGGGCUUGAGUCUUCCUCACCCUACAAAGAAGCACUGCUAAGCUUUGCUCAUAUUCCUGAAGAUGAGCAAAUGUUAUGUCGAAAGACUGUUGGUCUCGAAAAGGAAAGAACAGGACUUCGUAUACAGGCUCAAGGCAACAUGAUCCAGAAGACAAUACCUUUUCACGGUGUUGCUGAAGGCAGCAUGUGCAGGAAGGGGCUGAGUGGAUACACUAUACAGGAGCUGUGGCUAGACAAGGCUGCAGUGUGCAUCAGUAUGGGACUGUAUCAGUCUGCUAAAACUCUUUUAGCUGAGGCCCACCAAGUGGCCAAGGAACUUGGAGACCAAACCACACUGGCUAAGAGUUUUUAUUUGUUGGCUGUUCUGGCCAGUCUGGAGCAGGAGCAUGGCCAGGCUCUUGCUUUAUUGGAGCAGGCUCAGGACAUUGGUGGGGAUGAGGACUUCUGGUACAACCUCUUUCAGAGCCUCUUGAACACCACAGCACAGCUUAAGAGAGGCGAUAUUUACUCACAGGUGUAUCAGAUCACAGAUACAGCCAUUAGAUUCUUUAGGUCUGCUCUGGAGCAAAGACCGAAUCGUGCCCCAGUUUUCCACUUCUACAUUGCAUCACUACAAGCCAUAGGUGCAGCUCUGUGUCGCGAGUCUCUGAGGGUCACUUGUCCUGGUCACAGUGUUAGUGCUGAGACUGUAAAGAAGCUGAGUGCAGUGUGUGACAUGCUGAAGGACAGUGCUGCAACAUUCUGCCAGCAUGGCUACACGACUCAUGCUGCAGAGACAACCAUAGAGCAGGCAACCACGCUGAGAAUGCUGGCUAUUUUCAGCUCCACAAAAGAAAAGAAACAACGGCAUUUGCUUGAUGCGAUCUCACUCACACAGCAGGCUGGAUCCCUUCAGGAGGAAGUACUUUCCAGAUGCCUCAGCGUUCUCCCAACUCAAGAGGGUGGGUGGUGUUGGCUGCCUGCCAUGCGCGUGUCUGUGCGUUUUAGGCUAGCUUUGGCUGACCUUGGUUUGUUGAUCCUGGAGAAGAACUGUGAAGAGGAAACGGUCCAAGCAACAAUCCGGAGCAGGAUGAGUUCCACUGAGCGAGCUGUGGACGAGUAUUUAAGAAGCACCGCAGACCUUAACGAUCUACAAAGGGAAUGGCUAACAAUGGGUCAGUCUGUGGGUCAGCUGAUCUUUACCCAGCUGACUGUGGUCCAGUCUCUUAUGAAGGACUGUGUUGAAACUAGAAUGCAGACACUGGGCAUGUUGGGAAAGUGCCUGAGGCUGUUAGCACUGCAGAGAGAUCCACUCUACCCCACUUAUAUGUGGGACAAGCCAAUCAUGGUGGAAAACAGAGCAGAGGGAGAAGACACUAUUAAAAGUGACGAAAUGCAGAACAAUGGAAAGGGAGUACAGCAGAUGCUGGCGCAGGCCAGUGAAACUCUAACUGAGGCUUUGAAUCUUGGGCUGCAGCAAAACCUGCCUGAGCUACUCUCAUAUGUCUGCGAAGAGCUACUGGAGUCUCACAGCAAGAACGACCCAGCUGUCUUAGGCCAGUACCUCGCCCUGCUACAGAGCUGUGUGUGCUGUACCGAGAUGUCCAGAGUGUUACGUGCUGCCUGUUGGGACAGUAGUCAAUCUCAGUUGGCGGCGCUUCUGGGCCUACAGAACAACCUGAAAUUAUCUCAGCCCAGCCAGCACAGUCUGCUUUCAGCCAUUGACCACUCACUCCAGACAAUAUCCAAGGCCUACAGGCAACUGAUUGUAAACCCUAACCAUCAGAACUUCCUGGGAGAACUGCCACCCAAUCUCAAAAUUCUGUUGUUGCAGCAUAAUAAAGACAGUUCAGUGCUCUAUGGGGCUUUUUAUGAAAUGGCAAAAUCGGAAAAGUCAUCUGAAAGUCAGAAAGUUAAAGGUCUGCAUACAGCAGGUGGGUUAGCAUGUUCAAGGGUGGCCAGGGCCCGGGUGCAGCCGUCUGUCCUGCUCCAGCUUCGAGAGCAAGCCCAAGCCUUCCGACAACUCGCUGCACAAACCAUGAUCAAAGAGUCCUGCUGGCUGAGAAAUGCUGUGCAGAAUGAUGAAAACAAACAGCUGAAACAAACUACAGAACAAGAGUUAAGGGAGCAUUUUCAAGCUGUGGUUAAAGGAAUGGACGACUAUCUGCAUCCGGUCAUCUCUCAGUUUGACUUCUCAUGUUUCAGCCAGUGCUCUCAAUCGUUAAUCAUCGAUGAGGCAGCCCGGCCCAAAGAUAAAAAAGAGGGAGCGGCUACAGAUAAAGCUUUGCCUGAGCAUGGCGAAUCUGUAGUAGUUUUAGCAGACUCUCUGUUGCUGGAGUUGCCAUUAGAAGCUCUUGCUGUUCUGCAGGGACCAGGAAUAAGUUCCAUCUCACGGGAUUUCUCCUUGCAGGUCUUUUACACGCGUCUCUACAUGGAUGAGCAAGUUGAAAGUGACAACAAAAAGGACAGACGAAGUGCAAAGGCAGCUAAAGAAAAAGGAGAUCAAAGCAAAUCCAUCAAAGUGGCACCGGUGAACCGUGUUUUACCUGCGCACACUCUUUCAGUGGAUUCACACAUGUUCACAUAUAUUGUUGAUCCACAUGAUGAUCACAUGGGCAGUCGAGCAGAGACCAUGAGAAAGAUUCUAGACAUGUAUUCACAGCCCUUCACAGCUCAUUGGGAAGGAGUCAUAGGCAGUGAGCAGCCCUACAGUCCUCAAGAUUUGGAGCAUCUACUGGCAAACUGCAGUUCUUUUAUCUUCUUCGGUGGACAACACUUUCUCACCCACAUCUCUUCUGACAGACUGGCCAACUUCAAUCUAAGUGAAUGCCAGUUGGCUGUCGUCCUUGGCUCAGUUCAUAAGAGCACUAGUAUGUGGCAUCAUUCUCAGUGGGAUGCUCAGAAGAGUAAAGACCAACUUGCUUUAGAGACUCCUUUAGAGUGUGUUUACCUGAUCACUCUUAGUGGAGUUCAGUCAAUAAUGAUGAACCAGUGGUCCAGCAGCACCAGGACUGAUGCGCGCAACUUGGAAGCUAUCAUGGAAGCUCUCCUGAAAACACGACUGACGUCUGGUCAGGCUGUCCAGGCUUUGCGAACAAGGGCAUCUAUGACACAGACCGAGCCUGAAUAUGCUGUGGAUGAGGAUGCUGUACAAUGCAGGAGAUUGUCCUCAGCUUUCAAUUUCAUCAUCUAUGGAUUACCUAAUUUAAUUGUUACCUGAUCCCCUGGAGCAUUCUUAAUUGGGUUAACAUGUACUAGCCUACUACAAAGAAUGUUGAAAAUAAUUUUAUAAUAUUACGGUCCUAUGCACUAGGGCUGCACUAUUGUUGUCAAAAUGUGAAUCAUGAUUUUUCAUGGUAACCAAGAUCCUAACUUUUCUCACAUUUAUUGUACUCGGGUGUCUACACUUUCAACUCUGUUGUAUAAAAAGUGUUUAUACAUUUUAUUUUAGAAUCCUUAAAAUGAAUAAGCUGUUAAACA